GAAAGCUCCUCCCACUCCUCCGGGAAGAAACUCCACUACGCUUUCACCCCUAUGAUCCACAACCCGGCCAUGGAGAGCUUCUACUACGUCAAGCUCAAGGACAUCAGCAUCGCUGGGCGGGCGCUGCGAAUCCCAGCGGGAUCCUUCGACAUCAAACCCGAUGGAAGCGGCGGGAUGAUCUUCGAUUCCGGGACGACCCUGACGCUCCUGCCAGAUGCGCCUUACCAGAUCGUGCUCCGGGCGCUGCGAUCCAAGAUUUCCUUCCCUAAGAUCGAUGGAUCCUCCGCGGGGCUUGACCUGUGCUACGAUGUCUCGGGAUCCAAGGCGAGCUACAAGAUGAAGAUCCCGGCGAUGGUGUUCCACUUCGAGGGCGCGGAUUACCAGCUGCCGGUGGAGAACUACUUCAUCGCCGCCAACGAUGCCGGGACGAUCGUGUGCCUGGCGAUGGUGAGCUCCAACAUGGACAUCGGGAUCUAUGGAAAUAUGAUGCAGCAGAACUUCCGCGUGAUGUACGACAUCGGGAGCAGCAAGAUUGGAUGGGCGCCAUCGCAAUGCGAUUCCUCGCAGUGAUUAAUUCUUCCUGCCCAAGAACCCUAAAUUCCUCUCUUGUGAAUGGAUUUUUUAAAAUUAAGCGUUGGAUACCCGUUAAAAGUCUUAGAAUUCAACGGUUGCGAUCACUCCACGGGCGAUUUUCGUGAAAAGAUAAGCCAUCAACUCAAAGGAGCUAGGGUUCUAGGCAAGCGUGGAGGAAGAGAAUUCUCGGCGCGCUCGAUCGAUCUCUGUCGAGCCGCAUUCUCUCCCACAAGCAAUUUCAUCUCUGGAUUUAUGAAUGACGCUGAUUCUGGCCCUCUAAUGUCGUCAUACGGCCAGCGAUUGGAAGCAUCCGAGUCGACGCAAUCGCUGCUCAGCCGGCGAGGAUCAGAAUUUGGCAACAGAUACGUCCAGAUCGACGACGCGGGCAUCUAUCUCUCCUCGCUCGCCGUCACAAUCCUCCUCUCCUCGGUGGCCACCAUCGGCAUCCUCCUCUUCACGCUCGUUGUCACGCUCUCGGUGAUGCUGGGGUCGUGCCAGAGCCAGCCGAUGCUACUUCACGGAUCAUGGGGCGAGAUGAUCCGGGCUCCUCCUCCUCGUCAGGAAGAAGCCCGUGGGAAUCCCUGCGAGAGCUUCCGGCUCAACGCGGAGAUGAAUAACCUCCAGGGCUGGCUCCUCCCCAGGGAGUGCUCCAGCUACGUCGGGAAUUACAUGAUCAAUGGGCAGUACCUCUUGGAUGUCGAAGCGGCCGUGGGCGCUGCCAGGAGCUACUUGGAGACCAUCGCUCCUGGUGGCGAUGGGUUGGACGCCAUUGUCCUGGACAUCGAUGACACUGUGCUCUCCAACGUUCCAUACUACACCGAGCAUCAAUUCGGUGUAGAGCAAUAUAACGUGACCGCGUGGAACGAAUGGGUGGACCAGGCCAGAGCCCCGCCUCUGAGAUCGAUGCUUUCUCUGUAUCGCCAGAUGGUGGACGCGAACUGGUCCAUGAUCUUCAUUACCGGGAGGCCCGAGCAGCAACGAAACAAGACCGCGGAGAAUCUCUUCAAAGCCGGCUUCUCCGACUGGAUGUCUUUGAAUCUAAGAUUCCAGAACGAAGUUGGAACCACAGCAGUAAAUUAUAAGUCGAGUAGAAGGAUGCAACUCGAGAGAAAGGGAUACCGUAUACGUGCCAGUAUUGGCGACCAGUGGAGCGACUUGAUUGGUCCCGCCGCUGGAAACAGAACCUUCAAGCUGCCGAAUCCCAUGUAUUACAUUUUUUAAAGCCGCUGGAUCGAUUGGAUUGGCUCUGUAAAAAAUCGCUAUUCUCUGUGAAACAAUUGGUCAGUAUUGAAAAAAGUUUUAGUUUUUUCUACCUUU